AUGUCGGAAGACACUCCAGGUCCAAGCAGGGCUUUGCAGAUCCAAGUGCCAUGUAUCGUAUUUCUUGUCACUACGCCAGCCUUUGUGGCGAUCCGACUGUGGUCCAGAGCCAAGUCCAAGUCAGGCCUGGGCUGGGAUGACUGGACCAUUUUGGCAUCUUCUAUAUUUGCGGUAAUCGUCAUGGCCUUCAUGCUGGGGUCCUGCGCCUAUGGCUUUGGCCAACACAUCGCGAAUCUCACAGCACCGCAUAAGAUAAUGACCCUGAAGCUCUUCUUCGUCAGUCAAGCUUUUUACAAGCUCACCAUGAACAUGACAAAGAUGUCCAUCUUGUUGCUAUAUUUGCGCAUUUUUAUCCAACGUUGGUUUCGCAUCACCUGUUAUGUGCUCUUGGUUAUCAUCACCUCCUACAUGGUGGCCGCCUUCUUCGCCUCCGUAUUUCAAUGCACACCAGUGGCGCGAGCCUGGGAUAAGACCAUUUCAGGAUCAUGCAUUCACAUAACCACCAACUGGUAUGCUAAUGCCGGCUUCUCGAUCGCUACCGAUAUCAUCAUAUUGGCGCUGCCAAUGCAUCCGCUCUACAAAUCGAAGAUACAACCGAGGCGGAAAAUCGCCCUGAUGCUUGUGUUUGCCCUCGGCGCCUUUGUCGCCGUUACAAGCAUUCUCCGGAUGCAGACCCUAGACUUCUCGUCCAGCAGUCCUGACACUACCUACGAUCUUGCCUCCUCAGUAUGGACGAUAAUCGAAGAAAACAUGGCAAUAACCUGUGCCUGCCUGCCGAUGAUGUGGGCGCCGCUUGCCAGGAUCUUUCCCUCCUUCUUCUCCAUCGAUGACCGGGCCAACAGCUAUGGAAGCUCGGCUGUCAGGACCUUGGAACCUAACGCCACAUCGCGCUCUCGAAGCAACUGGUCCAAUUUUAAUGCGUAUCCUGAUACUAAGGGCAGCAUCAGCAUGAAUCAAAUCAGCGAUUCUGAAAAUCGAACCUCGGAGGAUAGCAUGGGCCAGAUCCUACAGUCUGGCCAGGGCAGCCGAUCACAGCAUCAAAAUAAAUAG